AGGAACAGGAGGGGGCGUGUCGGCUGUCACUGGUCACAUGACCCGGAAAAUGUGGGGCUUAAUUCCUGUGUUGGACUGCUCCCAGCUGCUGAAGCUCUGCCCUUCGCAGUGCAAACCCUCCGUCUGGCCCAUCACGUCCCCGGCGCCCCGGGCAGACCCUCCUCAGCGCACCAUGUCAGACCAGGCUUUUGUGACGCUGGCCACAAACGACAGCUAUGCCAAGGGUGCGAUGGUUCUCGGCCAGUCGUUACGAAACCACAACACAACCAGGAAACUGGUCGCGCUUGUAGGACCUCAUGUUGCAGAACCUUGCAGAGAUGCGCUUCGCUCAAUUUUUGACGAGGUGCAUGUGGUGGAUGUUAUGGACUCGGGCGAUGAGGCCCAUCUGUCCUUGAUGAAGCGUCCAGACCUCGGAGUGACGUUCACCAAACUUCACUGCUGGACUCUCACACACUACAGCAAGUGUGUGUUCAUGGACGCAGACACUCUGGUUCUGUCAAAUAUAGAUGAACUCUUUGAGAGAGAGGAACUGUCUGCAGCUCCAGAUCCUGGCUGGCCAGACUGCUUCAACUCAGGGGUUUUUGUCUUCAGGCCGUCCAACGAGACGCACGAGAAGCUGCUCGCGUUCUGCAGUGAAAACGGCAGCUUUGAUGGUGGAGAUCAGGGGGUCCUCAACAGUUUCUUUAACACAUGGGCGACAGCAGAUAUUUCCAAACACCUUCCCUUCAUCUACAACCUCAGCAGUAUCGCCAUCUACUCCUACCUGCCAGCUUUUAAACAGUUCGGCCGUGAUGCCAAGGUCGUGCACUUCCUGGGCCAGAUGAAGCCGUGGAACCACACCUAUGAUGCCCAGAGGGGCGAAGUCAAAGGUCACUCCCUUUCCUCUGAUCCGCACCAUCCGCACCCCGACUACGUGCUCAUGUGGUGGCAGCUGUACGCCAAAUCUGUGCUGCCUUUACUGCAGCAGGCCUACGGGGACACUCCUUUCAGCAGCGGAUUCGCGAACGAGGCAAACGAGGACGGUAAGUUUCACGAGGAUGUGAGGGAGCAGCCGGCGCCUGUUGCUCCUCCUCCCUCCCAGAAGAUGUCAUCAGCUGAGAGGAAGCAGCGUUGGGAAGCAGGCCAGAUCGACUACUUGGGUGACGACUCGUUUGCCAACAUUGAGCGAAAGCUCAACUCCUUCUUAAAGUAGCGGGCAGGCGAGCGAGCGUGACGGACAGAGAGAGCACCAGUUGAAGCUCUGUGUUGGCGGUGAUGUAAGCACUGCUCAGCCAAUCACAGGAGCUUUAUUAGCAGGUGACUGGAUGAACGCCGCUGUGCAAUGUUCGCCUCACUCUCUGCAUCCUGUCAGUGUGUGUUUCAGUGACAGAGAAAAUAACACAAUUCCCAGGCACUCCUACCAUUCAUUUUUUCCUUUCAAAGGAAAAGUUUGAUGUUUUGGAGAACAUGUUUAUUCGCUUUCUUGCUGAAAGCUGGAUGAGAAGAUUGAUACCACUGAUGUAUCUGUAGGGCAAACGUGAAGCUACUGCCAGCAGAUGGCUAACUUGCCUUGUCUGCGCAUGCAGCUGCUCCUGUAAAAUAAAAAAGCACAGCAUAGCCUGCUCCCACAAUUACCAAGACUCCCACAAACGCGGAAAAUUAAAUGACAUUUCUUGUUGACAUUUCUCAAGUGUCUAUCACCUCGCUGUCAUAGCUGAGGUUGGCCCUCAAUGACAACAAAGUGUCGUUGAGGGCCGAGGGUGGCUUGUCUUGUGUACGGACGCAGACAGACACUUUGCCUCAGCCUGUCCUCCUCCAUUUGAUGAUCCCUACUCCAAACAGUUGUCAGCCAUUUUUGCAGAAAGCUUUUCUGCACAGUCUCUCUCAGCAGUGCUUUUGAUGGCUUCUUAUGAAACAUGUAGUAGGACUGUGUACUGCACUGUUGGUUAAGACACCAUAUAUUGUGAGAUUGUCAGCAAGGCCACAUAUUAUGUUUAUUGUAAAUAUAAUUUCAGUGGUAUAAAGAACACACAAUCACAUGCAUAAAAACUGAGUGAAAAGUGUUCCAGUUUUCCCGUUUUUGUGCUCGGCAGUAGCUUCACCACGUAGACAUGAUUUUCUCUUCCAGCUCUUGAGAGGAAAGUGAAUAAGUCUAACGUUACUUUCCAAAAUGUCACGCUAUUUCUCAGAAGUCUUCUUGUGCAUCUGAUAGAGAUGGAUUCAGUCUUCCUAACUUGUGGAAAACUUUCAGCAACAACAGGAACUGAGCGAAAUGACCGCGGGUGAAGCCUGUGGCCAAAGGCAGAGUUUAUAAGUUGUUUCUGGCUUUUACCACAAUUCCUAUCCUGCAAUAAGCCUCCAAACCAGUGAAGUAGAUAUGCAGCAACUGGCUGACUUCCCUCCACUAGUCCCUGCUCUCCUUCUCAGCCAGUUAUGAAACUCUUGCUUUAAUCAGAGUGUUCACCUCAUAGAUAAACCUCUGUACCUGUGCCUCUGACACUCACCAGCUCCCUGUGACUUCAGCUUUUGUAAUGUCUGGUAUUGUAUUAGGGUCAGGUCUUGUUUUGUCGUAUUUGCAUGGCACAGAGUUCAAACAUGGGUCAGUAUUGAAGUCCACCCACAUCCUAAAGUGACGUUGAUAGUCAGUUUGGUGUACUUUGGUGUCCGUUUCCCGGACAUGUUGUCUGUAUAUGUGCCCUGCAUGUUAUGUUCCUGCAAGACCAACAUCAGUGUAUCUUUGUGCCAUGAGCCGUUUCAUCACUUCCUGUCUGUAGUGUUACCAGCUGCCUUAUCAUCAUUGUUUACUGUUUACAAAACCUCACUUACUGUAACUGCUGCUAGUAGCACAACAAAUUGAACUUAGCUGAGCGUCUCCUCUGCUGUCAGUACCUCCUUUACUGCACUCCAGCUGUGUGCCCUUAAACUGAACUGUAAUCUAUAGCCCCUAAUAAUAAUAAUAAACUCUCCUCACUCCAUUAAACACACUCCUAUAAGAGGCUGGCAAGACUGAGAGAAAAGUCAGUGUAUUCUUUCCAGUCUUGUCAGCCAGAUAAAUCCUGAAUAUGCAUGAGUGUGGAAAUGGAACAUAACUGUUGUGACGUCAGUUAAGUGUACGUCCCUGUUAAAGCGCUAAUAAAGAACAGGUGAAAACUCACCUUUUAUCCAUC